AUGCGCUCAUUUCCAUUCGACUUCACAUAUCUAUGCUCCUCAUCAACUCCGGACACCUAUCGGCCAGGAGGCAGCUCCCAAUCGUUUACAAAGGUGCGAUCUGUGUCAUCUCUUUUCCAUGCGGCUAAGGUCACAAACAUCAACAAACAGCUUCACCCUCCCCUCCCCUUCAACAGGGAUGUGGGUGUCCCCCUCCGUGCGACUACCCACCCGCCGAUGCUCGCCAUUACCUCCCUUCAUCUCUCUCUGCCCCGCUCUCCACGCUUGCCAUUCUCGGAGCCUCGGCAUCUCAGGUGCUGUGUAACGUUCGGAUGGAGGUGGUGGUUGGCGUCUGUCCACCUCUCAGUCUCUCAACAUCUCCCCUUCCCUGACCUACGGCUUGGCAACGACGACACAACGGGAGGGGCAUGA